AUGGCACCUGCAUUGCCAACGUCCGACAACUUCAACAAUUCCAGGUCCAUCUCCGGAAAGCUCGAGUUCAUCGUUUCAACCUAUUCUCCCGAUAAUGCCGAAUGCGCAGAUCAGAAGGAAAAACAGAUAUCAGUAGAUCCAAUAUCAUUGAGAGAAUCAUCAGCUAGAGAGGACAUAAUCGUGGAUCCUCUCACGGCUCCUGACGUCGCUGAUCUUCAUCUCCCGCCGCCACUCCCUCCGACCCAGUUCAAGUUCUUAAGCUACAGCCUACCAAAUUCUGCCAAUUCCUCUCCCAAAUUCAUGAAAAAGAAAGGAAAAUUCGAAAAUCAAGCGUCAUUACUUAAAGUCUCCAAUUCCACAAAACUCAAUUCUUCGGUUCAAGAUAUACAGAGUACUACUCCGCAAGAAGAUACUCAAUUUCGAAGGAGCAAAUCGUGUGGCGAAGGCAGAGCAAGUGCUCCAGCUGACGAUUUGGAUUUGUGGUUAAAUAAAGCAAAGUUUCCCGAAACGAAAAGCUACGACGACGGUUUCUCAAAGACUGAAUCGAACAAGAAUUUAGAGGCUCCGGAUGAAGGAUUUAACUGCGGAGCACUCUGUUUGUUCUUACCGGGAUUCGGCAAAGGGAAAUCGGUUAAGUCAAUGAGAAAGGAAGAAGAAACAACAGAGAUGGAAAAAGUGAGAAUAUCGAAGACUGAGAUUGGAAGUGUGAUAUCGAGGACGGUUUCUUUGGAGAAAUUCGAAUGUGGAUCAUGGGCUUCUUCUGUUUUGCCAAACGAAACCGGCGAAGACGAAGCGGGUAGCAGCCUUUUCUAUGAUCUUCCAUUAGAGUUAAUGAGAAAUAGUGUGGAUGCGAAUGCACCAGUCAAUGCAGCUUUCGUUUUUGAUAAAGAUCAUAAGGGAGUAAUGAAGAACAACUCGUCGACAAAAUUAGUUCAAAAAUCGCACGAAUCUUCUUCUCAUCGUGCUCGAUUUUCAGCAUCGUCUCCUUCCUCAGGACCAUCAUCACCAGCUUCUUGCAUUACUCCUAGAUUGCGAAAGGCAAGAGAGGAGUUUAAUGCCUUCCUAGAAGCCCAAAGUAGUGCUUAA